AUGGAGGAAAUACCUGAUAAGGGAUCGUUUACAAUGAAGCUAACUGACUGGGGUCGUGUCAUUGAUAUGAGCUCUCCCUCGAAGGAUGCAAAUUUCGAGGAAAAGGCCGGUACUGAUGCUUUCGACUGCUUUGAGAUGCAGGAUGGCCGGCCUUGGACAUAUCACACAGAUUUCUUUGGGUUUUUCGCAACGCUCCAUGUUAUAAUUUAUGGGAAAUAUAUGAAGGCAUUUCGAAUAAGCGCUGGACGGUAUAGCAUGACUUCUGUGCUGAAAAGGCGAUGGCAGCAGAUGGGUUUGCUGCUCAACGAUAUCUUCGAGAUUGGCAUGGAUAUCUCGAACUGUGAAUCGCUUCCCAAAUGCUCCACCAUAAUUGACGGUCUUGAAAGCAGCAUGAAGUAA